AUGACCGCGUUCGUGCGGGUGUCAGGUCGCCCGAAUACAAACUACCUCGUGGGCUAUCCUGGCAUCUCCGCGACUCUGCCUCGAAUAGAAGGCACGGUGGAAUUACGACCGCUGCAUGGCAUCAGCAGCCCGGUGCAAGUUGCCAUUGUCACAAUCAGUCUACAGCGAAAGGAAAGCAUACAUCCUCAUGCCGAUUCCGUCACCAAGAAACAUCUGGCGGCGCCCAGGAAGGAGUCGACCGAAGUGGUUGGGAAAGAAAUGCUCCUGUACAGGUGCCAGGCCAGUAAGCCCUUCGAGGAGAUCAUGUACAUGGAUCUUCCCUUCGUCAUAUUCAUUCCGUUUGGAAGAGGAGGUCAGGAGACGCACAGGAGGCUACCGCCCGCAAGCCUGCAACUCAAGUCGCGAACCGCAGAGACAUACUAUGAGUUGCUCGUUGUGGUCGGCUAUGGAAGUGGAGAGCAGAAGAGGUGGUCAUUUCCCGUGCCCAUAACACGAUACGAUACUUUGUCAACCUUCGGGAUGUACAAUCGGCCUGAAGCGGCGGAACGAGUCACAGAUCAUCUAGUCACCCUCGGCAUAUCAUUGCCUCGGUGGUCGUACGGGCCCAUGGAUCCAGUCAGCGUCUAUAUCAAGCUAUCGCCGAACCCAGAUUGGCUGAGCAAGGCGAAGAAAGUGACCAUCAAGAGGAUAGAGAUUACAGUGGAUGAGGAGGUGAUAUACAACCACGAGGGCGAUGAGCCAAAGCGCGUGUCCAGGACGCUUCAACGAAGAACAGAGCAGGUCGGUAUCAAGCUGCCAGAGGGCGGCUACUUCACGAACAUGGGCUUCAUAUUUCCCAAUAUGGAUCCAAGAGACGGUGACGGCAUUUUACCACGGGUCAAAGAUCGCUUUCCCAUGUACAUGGUUUCUGGCUUCACGACUACAGCAGGUCUUUACAAAGUAGAGUUCUAUCUCACGAUAAAGGCCUCACUGAACGGUGCCAAAGACAUCGUACUCAAGCAGCCGAUUGUUGUUUGCCCACUGGACCACGCUGGAUGCAAAGCAGAAAUGGAAGCAAUCGAACAAGCAGCAAAAGAUGCUGCGCAUGUGAAUGCGGAUAACCCUAUGCUGCCCCUGGCCACCAUAAUAAGAGCGAAUGAUCACAACGCCUUGUCGUGUUUGGGCGUGGCCAUCGUCGGAAAAGAGAAGAAGCCGCUCAUCGAGUGA